GGAAGAUACAUCUGUUAUUGAUUAACUCUGGCAGACUUUACACUUCUCUGUUUGGACCACAGUUCACGCUGGUAAAUUCGCUAAAGUGUUCAGUUUGACAUCAAACAUUAAAUAUGAGCGACACUUCAGACGACAGCAUUGAGAUCACGUUUUCUGUAAAGUUUCUUGGUCGAGUGGAGGUGGUCCGUCCUGAUGGACAACAGAUUCUGGAUGAAGCUCUUCAGAGCCUGAAGUCCAAGACGACUGAUAAAUACUCCUCAGAAAAGGCAGCAAAGAAGAGCAAAGUCCAUAUCUUCCUUUCAGUGAGUGGGAUUGACAUUUUGGAAAACAAAACCAAGUUUCUGUUGUACACGUGCCCUCUCUCGACGGUCUCCUUCUGUGCUGUCCUGUCAUCUUUCCCCAAAGUAUUUGGCUUUGUGGCCAAACAUCCUGUGGCGGACACUUACCACUGCUACCUGUUCCAAAGCAAGAAGUUUGGUCAUGUGCUGGUGUCUAUUAUUGGGGAUACCUUCCGAGCCACAAAUAACGAGGAAAGUGACAGAAGAGGGCGAGAUCUGUUAGUGGAGGCUCUCAGACAUAAGAAUAAAAUGCUGCAGAAAGAGAAUGCUGAGUUGAAAAGGAGGCUCGCAGCUCAAAUGAACUAGCAAGGCUUACAUGUGUAGUAGCUGCAACAAACUGCUGCAACUUGGAAAAAGCUCGAGAGAGAUGUUGAUUGUAAUAAAUGUGAUUGAACCCUUCACUUGUAGCUGUCACAAUAGACAACUGUCAUUUUCUUCUAUGACUGGAUGGUAUAGAUGCACAUUAGUGAGUCAUUUGUCAUGCACUGACCAAUCCAGCUCAGGAUUUUCAUGCAAGUUCUUUUCUUGUAGAAGGUGUUAACAGGGAAAAAGUUUUCUUACAUCUAGUUACAGCUAAGAGCAGUAUAAUUUUUAUUAUUUUAUUUUUAUACUAAUAAAAAUACCACUAAUAUACUAAUAAACUACCAUUUUUUUCAUUUUUAUACUUUAUUUUGGACAGAAAUGAGGGUUAUUCAUCUGUCCACUCCACUGGAGAUCAUGCAUUGUUAGCUGUAUUUCAGUAACAAUUCUCUCUCUCUCUUAAGCUCUUUUAUCCAGAAUAACUUUCUUUCUUUUACAUUAUAUGAAUUCAGAUUAUUCCAUUAUGACAUUGCCAGUUAGUAUCUCUUAAUUUUCCAGAACUCAAGUGUAGAGUGAGAUAGAAAGGCCAACUGGACAGGGGAGGCACUACUUUCUGAGUCAAGUGAGAAUGAUGUUUGAGGCAGUGAUAAUGAAUGGCAGCUAGAAAAAGAAAAUGAUCAAUGUAUGGCAUACUGUAAAGAAAUAUAUGAAAAUAUUAAACCCACUCUCACAGUUUAGUUAAAUUUGGCUCAAUGUCUCAUUUAAAAAGAAACAAAUUCCUGUAGUUACAUUUUUAGAAGACAUCUUUAUUAAAAACACAAAAAUGGAGGUUGGAUUUAAUCAAUUUACAACUAUCUGGCUCGGAGGAGACAUCAGUGACUAGACUAGAAACAUGGAGGACAGAAUUUUAAAAAGAUAUUUCUAAUGAUGACUGGGUCAUAGCCUGUAAAGAGUCUCAAUCGUAAACGGCAAACACUAGCUUAAAAUUGCUCUAAUACUAGAGGUUAAUGCAGACCUAUAUCACCCCUGUCAAGCUCAGUAGAUACAAAUAAAUAUCUGAUACAUGC